AUGGCUCCCAUCACGGACGAGGUCGUCAACGGCCUGAAGGACACUAUCGGAAAGCUGGAGGCUCGUGUUGAGGAGUUGGAGGGCCGCCUCAGCAACCAGGUCAAGCCCAAGUCGGUUGCUGAGCAGAUGCGCAUCAUCCUGAUGGGACCUCCUGGUGCCGGCAAGGGUACCCAGGCUCCCCGCCUGAAGGAGAAGUACUGUGUCUGCCACUUGGCCACCGGUGACAUGCUGCGCUCCCAGGUCGCCAAGAAGACCGCAUUGGGCAAGGAGGCUAAGAAGAUCAUGGAUCAGGGUGGUCUGGUCAGCGAUGAGAUCAUGGUCAACAUGAUCCAGAGCGAGCUUGACAACAACUCCGAGUGCAAGAACGGAUUCAUCCUGGAUGGUUUCCCUCGUACCGUUGCCCAGGCUGAGCGUCUGGACGACAUGCUUAACGCUCGCCAGCAGAAGCUCCAGCACGCUGUUGAGCUCCAGAUUGACGAUGCCCUUCUGGUGGCCCGUAUCACCGGACGUCUCGUCCACCCGGCUUCCGGCCGCUCCUACCACAAGAUCUUCAACCCCCCCAAGGAGGAGAUGAAGGAUGACGUUACUGGCGAGCCCCUCAUCCAGCGUUCCGACGACAACGCCGAUACUCUCAAGAAGCGUCUCGGCACCUACCACGCCCAGACCGCUCCCGUUGUCGAUUACUACAAGAAGACCGGUAUCUGGCGCGGCAUUGACGCCAGCCAGGAGCCUGGCCAGGUCUGGAAGAGCCUGCUCGGUGUUUUCCGCCAGAACUAG